AUGGCUCUCAAAGUAUUGAUUGUAUUGGCUUUCGUUGCUGUGGCUCUAGGCAGCAGCAACAGUAAAACAGACAAACGGAGCCUGGAAGGUUGGAGCGGUCUUCCCGGUUGGAACAGCCUGCCUGGUUGGGCACCUAAUCCUGUACCGUACAUCCACGGGCACGGAGCAUCAGAUACGGGCUCAGAUGUAGCCGGCGCAGUGGCUGCAGCCAAGGCGGCCGCAGCAGCGGUGAUGGCAGCCCAGCACCAAGUGGCUGCAGCCAAGCAUGCCGCCAUUGAGCAACAGAACAUCGCCAGUGCCAAGGAGAUAGCGGCAGCUCAUGCCGCCCAAAGGAGCGAGGAAGCGGCCCGCCACGCACGAGCGCACGCCCUCGAGGCGGCCCAAGCGGCGGUACAGGCGCAGACGCAACUCGCUACAGCCAAGGCGCGCGCGGCUGUGGCCCAGAAGAUCGCCGCCGCCAGAGAAGCGGCCGCUGCCAAGGCUCUUCAGAGGGCUGCCCAUUCUCAGGCGGCUAGACUGCAAAACGCUGACAUAGAGUCCCUGAAGCUAUCCGUGCUACAGAGCUCGGGGGCGGCAGGUGCCGCGGGGGCCGCUCAUCAUGCCGCCACCGCCGCCGCCGCCGCGCUCACGCCCGCGUGGCCCAAGUUCCAGUCGCAAGGGUGGCUCCCUUCCUCAGGGCCGUGGGCCUGGUCUUAA